CACACACACACACAGGCCAAUCUCUCUUAAAUAUAUGCGUGUGUGUUUGUAUGCAUGUGUAUAUACACAUGCGUGUAUAUAUGAAUGUAUGCCUGUAUGCAUUCACUGGGUGUCGCAAGAGGAAAAACUAGCCAAAGCCACCGAAAGGAGCCCCCUGCACCCACCCACCCCCAGCUCCACUUAAACCUGCCUUCUUAUUUAUUGAGACAUCUCCUUGAAACCUUCCUGGCUCCGGAGCGUGCUUAAUCCCAAAGAAAAGUGAAGCCAUCUAACCAUGGUGGUUUUUAAUGGCAUGCUGAAAAUUAAAAUCUGCGAAGCCGUGAAUCUCAAACCCACCCCUUGGUCGCUAAGGCAUGCGGUGGGUCCCAGGCCACAGACCUUUCUACUGGACCCAUACAUCGCCCUCAACGUGGACGAUUUCAGGAUCGGGCAGACCUCCACCAAGCAGAAAACCAACAGCCCUGCCUGGAACGACGAAUUUGUUACCGAUGUUAGUAACGGCAGGAAGAUUGAAAUGGCCGUUUUCCACGAUGCCCCCAUCGGGUACGACGAUUUUGUGGCUAACUGUACCAUCCAGUUUGAGGACUUGCUGCAGAACGGGAGCCGGCACUUCGAGGACUGGAUUGAUUUGGAGCCAGAAGGAAGAGUGUACGUCAUCAUAGAUCUUUCAGGCUCUUCAGGUGAAGGGGAAGCAACUUCAGAAGAUAGCAGAUCAGAUUCUGUACAUUGGAGUCCCACUCAAAGAAGAGGAACUUCAAUCAUCUCACCCAAAGACAAUGAAGAAAGAGUAUUUAGGGAACGGAUGCGCCCCAGGAAGCGCCAGGGGGCAGUGCGACGCAGGGUCCAUCAGGUUAAUGGGCACAAGUUUAUGGCCACCUAUCUUAGACAACCAACCUAUUGUUCACACUGUCGAGACUUUAUAUGGGGAGUAAUAGGAAAGCAAGGGUACCAAUGUCAAGUUUGCACUUGCGUAGUCCACAAGCGAUGCCAUGAGCUUAUAAUAACAAAGUGCGCUGGCUUGAAGAAGCAGGAAGCCCAUGAUGAGGUGGGUUCUCAGCGUUUCAGUGUCAACAUGCCUCACAAGUUUAGCAUUCACAAUUACAAAGUACCCACCUUCUGUGACCACUGUGGUUCAUUGCUUUGGGGUCUUCUGAGACAAGGUUUACAAUGCAAAGUUUGCAAGAUGAAUGUACAUAGACGCUGUGAAACAAACGUAGCACCCAACUGUGGAGUAGAUGCUAGAGGGAUAGCUAAAGUACUGGCGGAUCUUGGCGUUACUCCAGAUAAAAUCACUAAUAGCGGACAAAGGAGGAAGAAGCUUGUUCCAGGUGCAGAAUCUCAACCGCCAGUUCCUGGAUCCUCACCAGGAGAAGAUGACAGAUCAAAGUCAGCACCGACUUCCCCAUGUGAUCAAGAAAUCAAAGAGCUUGAAAAUAACAUCAGGAAAGCAUUAUCAUUUGACAAUCGGGGAGAAGAACAUAGGGGAGCAGCAACAAGCUCAGCUGAUAGCCAACUUAACACACCCGGGGAGAAUGGGGAAAACGGAGACAUCAAAGCUCAGAUGUCAAAGCGAAUGGGCCUGGACGAAUUUAAUUUCAUUAAAGUAUUAGGAAAAGGCAGCUUUGGAAAGGUUAUGCUGGCAGAACUCAAAGGUAAAGAUGAAGUAUAUGCUGUGAAAGUCUUAAAGAAAGAUGUCAUUCUUCAAGAUGAUGAUGUGGACUGUACAAUGACAGAAAAACGGAUUCUGGCAUUAGCACGAAAGCAUCCUUAUUUAACACAGCUCUACUGCUGCUUCCAAACCAAGGACCGCCUAUUUUUCGUCAUGGAAUAUGUCAAUGGAGGAGACCUAAUGUUUCAGAUUCAACGUUCACGCAAAUUUGACGAGCCUCGCUCCCGCUUCUAUGCAGCAGAAGUCACAUCGGCACUCAUGUUUCUACACCAACAUGGCGUCAUCUACAGGGACCUGAAACUGGACAACAUUCUUUUGGAUGCAGAAGGCCAUUGCAAACUAGCUGACUUUGGAAUGUGCAAGGAAGGAAUUUUGAAUGGAGUAACAACUACUACCUUUUGUGGAACACCUGAUUACAUAGCUCCAGAGAUCCUCCAGGAAUUAGAAUAUGGUCCUUCCGUGGACUGGUGGGCCCUGGGGGUUCUCAUGUAUGAGAUGAUGGCUGGACAACCUCCCUUUGAAGCUGAUAAUGAAGAUGACCUCUUUGAGUCUAUCCUACAUGAUGAUGUGCUAUAUCCAGUAUGGCUUAGCAAAGAAGCUGUCAGCAUUUUGAAAUCUUUCAUGACAAAAAACCCAAACAAACGCCUGGGCUGUGUGGCAUCUCAGAACGGUGAAGAUGCCAUUAAACAGCAUCCGUUCUUCAAAGAAAUUGACUGGGUUCUUCUAGAACAAAGGAAAAUUAAGCCACCCUUCAAACCUCGGAUUAAAACCAAAAGGGAUGUAAAUAACUUUGAUCAAGACUUUACACGAGAAGACCCAAUAUUAACACCAGUGGAUGAGACAAUUAUAAAGCAAAUCAACCAAGAAGAAUUUAAAGGCUUCUCAUAUUUUGGAGAAGAGCUGCUGCCAUAAGAUAUUUUUCCCCACCCCUAAAUUGGAACCACCAGAUCACAGAUGCUGCAAGUUGUGUUCUGAAAAAUCCUCCAGCUACACCAUCAAGAACUGCUUCUCUGAUCAUGAGCCUAAACCCAUUACUUUCUACUGUCUAUUUAUUGUUAUAUUUCCUUGAUCUGGAGGCACUCAUAUUAGCUGUUUUACAGAGCAAUGCAAAAAUUUUGUAUUAGAAAUUGUAAAGGUAACACAUUGCUGUUGUUUUUUGCUGCUGUGUCUCUCGUUCUCUCUAUUCAGACUUUCUUUUAUUUUCAGGAAGGCUUUGUCUUUUUUUAAAAUCAUCUAGCACUGUCAAAAGUAAUUAGUUCAACCAUUUUUAAUAUUGAAAAAUCACUCAGAAUUUUAGCUUCAUCUUUUAAAGCUUAAAAUUAUGGUCUAGAGUAUGUACUGAAGGUUAGACAACUUUUUUCCAAGAUGCCACAAAUAGGUAUCUCAUCCCAUUGUGCUAGAUAGAUAAGUAUAUAUGUUGUAUGAUUAUGGAGAGAGAGGAAUUCUUCAUUAUGACUUAUUUUCAACUCAGAUACAAAUCUAUAAAUCAGCCAUAAGAUUUACUGAGCUUGGAAUUAGCUCAAUGCAUUUUGAGUUGAUUGCCAGGGGCCUUAUGAAGCACGAGAGAUAAACAUUAAACCCUUUUGCCAUUGAUUUCAAUAAAUUGUCAACAGGAAUGGUUGAGCUCACACCCCUUAACAUUCAAAUGGGUACGUUUGGAGUGAACUUCAAUUCUUCAAUAGGCAGCUCUUUCCAUGGAAUGCAACCUUAGGAAAGUGAAGUUUUGCAUUUUAGUGUCAGGCAAAAGAAAUAUGCCCAAAUCUGUCAAAUAUGAUCUUCUCAAAGUUCUGUUGAGCGUCUUAGAAUGUUUUUUUUUUUUCAAUCUCAGCGGUUUUAAAAUGUGUGGACUUAAAACU